CUCACGCACUGCGAGGAACAUAUGAAGGGUCUUAGGGCCGGAGGUAAGGAUCCGCACCUUCCUUUCCAUCCGUAUCAUCAACAACGAACCGCACAUCUCUCAUCUACGCUAAUUUACAAUAAUCAAUAUGGUCAACAUCCCAAAGGAGCACAAGGCCGCCGUCUGCGAGGGCGCCGGUAAGGGCCUCGUCGUCAAGAUGGUCCCCACUCCCAAGCCCGAGUCCAACCAGGUUCUGAUCAAGGUUCUGGCUUCUUCGCUCUGCUUCUCAGAUGAAUUCGCCGUCGACCACGGAGCCAUGGGCGUCAAGUUCCCUCUCACUCCCGGUCACGAAGUCGUCGGCCGUAUCGUCCAGAAGGGUUCCGGCGUCUCCGACGAGUUCAAGGAGGGUCUCCUCGUCGGUCUAGGCUGGAACGGUGGAUACUGCCAGCAGUGUGAGGCUUGCCGCAAGGGAGAAUUCUACGGUUGCAACAAUGGACUGGUCACUGGAUUCCACACCGAAGGUGGACACCAGGAGUACCUCACUGCUAGGUGGGAGGCUGUCGUGAAGCUGCCCGAGAACAGCGGACUGUCCCCUGCUGAGAUGGCUCCUCUUCUCUGCGCCGGUAUCACCGUCAAUGAUGGACUUAAUGCCACUGGUGCCAAGCCUGGUGACGUCGUCAUCGUCCAAGGUCUUGGAGGUCUGGGUCACUUGGGUAUCCAGUUCGCGCGCAAAGCUGGCUACCACGUUGUAGCCAUGUCUGGCGGUGACUCCAAGAAGGACCUCGCUCUGAAGCUCGGAGCCCACGACUUCUUCAAUGCCAAGCAAGGCGAGGAGUUCAAGAAGAAGUACGGAGGAGCAAAGGCAGCCGUCGCUACGGCUCCUUCCUCUGCCGCCAUCUCCAGCCUGCUUCCCUUGCUUGCACGCAAUGGAGUGAUGACCGUCGUGGGUAUCCCACCCGAUGGUAAGAACCUCGAAUUCGCCCCUAUGCAGCUCGUCUCCAACAGGUGCACCGUCAAGGGUAUCACCUGUGGCUGCUCCAUCAACAAUGAGGAGCUCGUCGACUUUGCUGUCCUGGGCGACAACAAGGUCCGGUCCAUGGUCAACAUCAAGAAGCUCGAUGAUGCCGAUGCCGUUUACAAGGACACUGCUCAGGGUAACCCAAGGUUCAGGAACGUCUUUGUUUUUGACGAGUAGAGUAGAGUAAAGUGUGAAGGAGGGAAAAGGAAUUGUACUAUUUACUUUCGUCGCCGAUACAAAUACAUUUGAUGUAGUUUCUGAAGCUCCGCGUCUGAUUGUCAGAUCUACAGCGUACACGACACCAAGCUGAUGCUACUCGCUCGGUCCUCUAAGCUCCCUUGUCGUUUUCACUGGUCACUUGUGGCCGACAUCGAUGACGAUGGGGAACGGGCACAAUUCCGACGACGGCAGCGCGGGAACAUGGUCCCUCUGCUCAUCAACGAAGCGCAGCAUCUGUUCCAGGAAUUCAACGAGCUGCUCUUCCACUUGUGCGUCUGCGUCUACGUUCCCAGCUGGAUCAAGCUCAACUC